CAAAAACAAAACGUUGAAGGCAGGAGAGUACUCUAGUUUCUCGUCCCCGCUUCCCCUCCCGUCUUCUAUCGAAUACUCCUUUAGUCCUUUUUCAUAUUUGGUUCUCUCUUUCUCUGUUAAAUCUCGUUUUAGGGUUUUGCUGCUUUGAUUAGGGUUUUGCGUUAAUACGAGCAGGAUGCCGUUAUUCCUCACGGAUGAGGAAUUCUUUCGGUGUUCUAACGAUGUUUCUGUGGUUGUCGAUAAGGCAGAUUCGUAUAUCAAAGAUCUUUAUAGACAAAUCGAGACACUAAAAGCACAAGCUGAUGCUUCAUCGAUAACCGCUGAACAAACUUGUUCACUUCUUGAACAAAAAUAUGUUUCUCUUACUUCUGAUUUUGCCAAACUUGAAGGGGAGAAGGAACAACUGGCUGUUACACUUGAACAACACAUUUCUGAUGUUGCCGAACUUCAGUCUCAGAAACACCAACUUCAUCUUAAAUCUAUUGGUAGAGAUGGAGACGUUGAGAGAUUAUCCAUUGAAGUUUCUGAGCUUCACAAGUCUAAUAGACAGUUACUUGAAUUGAUCGAACAAAGAGAUGCGGAGAUUACGGAGAAGAAUUCCACUUUAAAGAUAUAUCUGGAAAAAAUUGUGAAUCUUACAGACAAUGGUUCUCAAAGAGAAGCUCGCAUUCAUGACAUCGAAGCGGAAAUAGCACGUUCUAAUGCAGCGGUAGCUCGUUUAUCACAGGAGAAAGAAUUGACUGAGAGGCACAGUGUUUGGCUUAAUGACGAGUUAACAGCCAUGGUAAACAGCCUGAAUGAGCUACGCCGAUCGCAUAACGAACAUGACUCCCAGAUUUCCUCCAAGCUUGCCAAUGUUCAAAGGGAAUAUGAUGAGUGCUCUAGAUCAUUAAAGUGGAAUGAAGAAAGAGUGAGGGUGCUUGAAAUGAGUUUAACAUCAAUGCAAGAGGAAUUAUGUUCAUGCAAAGAUGCUGCUGCUGUGAAUGAGGAGCGCUACUCUGCUGAAAUGUCAACGGUUACAAAGCUGGUUGAACUCUAUAAAGAGAGUUCUGAGGAAUGGUCAACAAAGGCAGGGGAGCUAGAGGGUGUGAUCAGGGCAUUGGAGACACAUUUGGAUCAAGUUGAAAAUGGUUAUAAAGAGAAGCUUGAGAAGGAAGUAGCCACAAGAAAUGAGAUUGAAAAGGAAGCAAACAACUUGAAAGAUAAACUUGAAAAGUGUGAAGCAGAAAUUGAAAGUAAUAGGAAAUCUGGCGAGUUGAGUCUUGUUCCAUUCAGCAGUUAUGGUGAUGAAAGACUGAUAUGUGGGAUGGAGGAUGAGAGAAGUGGGGAUAACAGUAUGAUCGUCCCUAAAAUCCCAGCAGGCAUUUCAGGAACGGCAUUGGCGGCAUCACUUUUGCGCGACGGAUGGAGUCUAGCUAAAAUGUAUGAGAAGUAUCAAGAGGCCAGCGAUGCAUUACAACAUGAAAGGCUAGGACGAAAGCAAUCGCAAGCUGUUUUGGAAAAGGUGUUGUUUGAAAUUGAGGAGAAAGCUGAAAUCAUUUUGGACGAACGAGCUGAACAUGAAAGAAUGGUUGAAGCAUAUUCUAAGAUGAAUCAAAAGUUGCAGCAGUCGCUCUCGGAACAGGUUAAUAUUGAGGGCACCAUUCGAAAUUUGAAGGCUGACCUUAGGAGACAGGAGCGUGAAUAUAAUACAGCACAGAAAGAAAUUGCUGACCUUCAGAAACAGGUGACUGUUCUUCUCAAGGAAUGCCGAGAUAUUCAACUACGUUGUGGGUCUACAAGCCAUAUGGAUCCCGACGACUAUGUUACCAGCACAUCGAUGGAGAUGACUUUUGAUUCUGAUGUUGAAAAGGUUAUUUCGGAACGCUUGUUGACCUUCAAGGAUAUAACAGGGCUGGUUGAGCAGAAUGUACAGCUCCGAAGUCUUGUACGCAAUCUCUCUGAUCAGAAUGAUACAAGAGAUGCGGAGUUAAAGGAGAGGUUUGAAAUGGAGUUACGUAAACAGGCUGAUGACGCUGCAUCCAAGGUUACUACUGUCUUGAAAAGGGUGGAGGAGCAAGGAAACAUGAUAGAGUCACUUCACAACUCUGUUGCAUUGUAUAAAAGAUUAUAUGAAGAGGAACAGAAGCGGCACGACACACAGCCUCAUUCUGCUGGGGCAGUUCUAGCAGAACAUGGAAGAAAAGACCUUAUGCUACUCUUCGAAGGUUCUCAGGAGGCUAGUAAGAAAGCACACGAGCAAGCUCUUCAACGUGCUAGACAUCUUGAAGUAGAGAUGGCUAAAUCUAGGAGUGAGAUUAUAUCAAUAGGGCUUGAGCGUGAUAAGUUAGCCAUGGAAGUGAACUUCGCGCGAGACAGACUCGAUAAUUUUAUGAAAGAGUUUGAUCAUCAGAGAGAUGAAACCAUUUCAGUUAAAGCUAGAAAUAUUGAGUUCUCUCAACUGAUUGUUGAAUAUCAACGGAAGCUACGUGACAGUUCUGAUUCUGUGAAUGCCUCGGAGGAGCUUUCACGAAAGUUAACUAUGGACGUGUCCAUCUUGAAGCAUGAAAAGGAAAUGUUGUUAAAUUCUGAGAAAAGAGCUUCUGAGGAAGUGCUUAGGUUGUCAGAGAGAGUUCACCGUCUUCAGGCAAGUUUGGAUACUAUUCAGAGUGCAGAGGAAGUCCGUGAGGAAGCUAGAUCAAUGGAAAGAAGAAGGCAGGAGGAGCAGUUAAACCGUGCUGAGAGGGAAUGGGCUGAAGCUAAGAGAGAACUUCAAGAUGAACGGGAUAAUGUUCGGAGUCUUACACUUGACAGGGAACAGACAAUAAAACACGCAAUGAGACAGGUCGAGGAAAUAGGAAAACAAUUGGCUGAUGCAUUGCAUGCUGUUGCUGCGGCUGAGGCUAGGGCAGCGGUAGCUGAGGCUAGGUGCUCAAAUUUGGAAGCAAGUCUUAAAUCUACUCAAAAUAAGGAACUUGAGAUGGAUCGGAGUUCUGAUCCUUCUAAUUCCUCAACAAGUGAGCAGGAGCCAGUUGACCUGCUCAAAGCAAAACAAGAAAUGGGAAGACUCAAAGAAGAAGCCCAAGUUAACAAAGAGCACAUGCUUCAGUAUAAAAGCAUAGCACAAGUUAACGAAGCUGCCUUGAAGCAAAUAGAAUCCGCACAUGAGAAAUUUAAGGCUGAGACUGAGAAGCUAAAAAAGUCGUUGGAAGCUGAAAUUGUCUCACUGAGAGAAAGGGUCUCUGAACUUGAAAAUGAUUGUGUUUCAAAAUCCAAAGAAGUUGUCAAUGCCGUCACAGGGAAAGAAGAAGCACUUGAUGCUGCAUUAGCUGAAAUUAGUAAUCUCAAGGAAGAUAUAUCCUUAAAAACCUCUAAAAUGAUGGCGAUGGAACUUCAGUUAUCCUCGUUAAAAGAAGAUUUGGGGAAAGAGAAUGAACGAUGGCGGAAUGCUCAGAAUAACUAUGAAAGACAGGUUAUUCUGCAGUCUGAUACAAUUCAAGAGCUGACAACAACAUCACAGGCCUUGGGCUCACUGCAACUGGAAGCAUCUGAUUUGCGGAAAUUGGCAGAUGCCCGUAAGAAUGAAAUUGACAUACUUAGAGCAACCUGGGAAACAGAGAAAGCAGUAUUGGAGCAAUUAAAGAAUGAAAGCGAGAAGAAUUACGCUGAAAUUAAUGAACAGAACAAGAUACUGCAUAAUCACCUGGAGGCUUUACACAUUAAAGUGGCUGAAAAAGAGCGAAGUUGUUUCGGUGGAUCUUCCGGAAGCACAGAUUCAGCUCAACACGGUGAUCUUGACCUACAAAGUGUAGUCCAUUAUCUCCGGCGGUCGAAAGAAAUAGCGGAAACAGAGAUUUCAUUGUUAAAGCAAGAAAAUCUAAGACUGCGGUCUCAGCUUGAGUCUGCCUUGAAAGCAUCUGAGACGGCUCAAUCGUUGCUUCAGUUGGAACGUGCCAAUUCUAGGUCAUUGAUAUUUAGCGAUGAAGAGUUCAAGUCCCUUCAGAUUCAGGUCAGAGAGAUAAAUUUGCUCCGGGAAAGCAAUAUUCAACUUAGAGAGGAAAACAAGAACAACUUUGAGGAAUGUCAGAAAUUGCGUGAAAUAACUCGAAAGGCUAGAAUUGAGGCUGAACAUUUGGAAACCCUGCUGAGGGAGAAGCAAAUUACAGUUGAGUCCAACCAGAAAGAAAUUGAAAUGCAAAAGAUAGAGAAAGCUAACUUGGAGAAGCGGCUUUUGGAGCUACUCGAGAAGGGGAAGAAUAUUGAUUUGGAGGAGUACGAACGGGCGAAGGAUGGCUUUCAGAAGAUCCAGGUAAAACUAAGAGAGAAAGAAGCAGAGCUGGUGGAAAGUAAAAGGCUUGUUGCUGAAAAGCAAGAUAUCAUAGCUCGGUUGGAACAUGACUUGGCAAACAGCAGAUCUGAACUAAAUGAAAAGGAGAUGAGAACUAAUGAUAGUCUUCAGAUUGAGGCCAAACUUAGAAUGGAACUUGACAAGCUGAAACUGGAACAUGACAAGCUCAGGAGAUUGCUUACUAUCCACAAGAAGAGGAACGAAGGCUGGACAAAAGAAAAGGAAGAACUGAUUAAAGAGAAGCAAUCUCUUUCGAAACAGUUGGAAGACUCUAAACAAGGGAAGAGACCUAUUGAUGCCUUGGCAAAAGAAAAGGAGGAGUUGAUUAAUGAGAAUCAAUCACUUUUGAAACAGUUGGAAGACUCUAAGCAAGGGAAGAGACCUGUGAUGGAUUCUGCUAAUGAUCAAGCAAUGAUAGAAAAGGAAAUGAAGAUACAGAUACUUAUGUCUACUCUGGACAAGGAAAGAGAAGAAGUGAGGAAAGAGAAAAUAAAGCGUGUCAGGACCGAGAAGGCAGUUGAAAGUCUUGUUAAAAAUGUUGCUCAGGAGAGAAAAAAAUUGGUGGAUGAGCUUGAGAAGUACAAAAAAGCUAAAGAACAACUUCAAGAGAGCACCACAGUUUCGGCGUCCCAACUGCCCCUUGAGAAUGUCUUGGAUGACCACAUGGCUUCUUAUCAAGCAGCUGUGAAGAACUUAGAGGUUGGAGUAGAUUCACUUAUUAACGAGGCUCCUGCUGUGGAUGUGCCACCUGUGACAACUUCUCCAGCUGGUAGGCAAGUUCAUCCUCAGGCUAUGAGCGCCCCAACUGGAGCAGAAACGGCUGGAGUGCCUUCACAAACUAGACCAGUAGAUGAUAGGGAAAAAAGACCCAUCUCCAAACCCAACGUUGAAUCCCGUAAAGGUGGAAGAAGGCUGGUCCGACCUCGUCUUGCACGUCCAGUGGGGGCUUGCGGUGAUGUUGAGAUGUCCGAGGUUGAAGCGUCCUCUAAUAAUGCUGAUUCAAAAGUAGUUACGCCUUCACAUGAUAGUGAGCCUGAAGCAAAUUUAGCUCCUACCAUCGCCAUUCAUACGUUAGUUCGCAAACGACCAGCUUCAUUGGCCUCAUCUGGAACACCAGAUGAGGGUAACAUUAAAGAGGAGCCUGGUUCCUCUAUGCCGAAGAAGUCAAAAGUUUUUGAUUGUCUCAACGAGAACAUUGCCGAAAUUGAAGAGAGAGUCGAUACCAAAACAGAUGAUGCUGUUGAUACUGCUUGUGAAGAGCCUGUUGAUUCCGAAAAGGAUGACAUUGUGCCGGCUGCAGGCGAAGAGACAAUUGAUUCUAAAAGGGACUACGGAGAUGCUACCAUCGAACAGUCAGCUCCUGAAGAGGUGAAGGAUUCAUUGUUAGAAGGUGAAUCUCAGAACGAGAUAAAUCCUUUGUCAGAAGAGUUGAUGGAUGAUAAGGUUCAAGACACAGAGGAGGAUAUUGAAGAAAGUAUGAGGGAUGGCGAGGAGCAAGAUCCUCAGCAGCAGCCCUUUGCCGCAGAAGUUGAAAAUGAUAGAGAGGAGGGGGAGUUGCCUUCUAAUUUGGCUGACCCCCAGAAUGACGGUGGUUUUGAUAUGAUUUUCGAGGCAGAAGAGAGUUUGGCCGAAUCUGUGAUAGCUCCCGGCGUAGAGGAUGAGGAGGCUGUACCUACCACUGAGGUGGUUCCCGAGGCUGUUUCUCCCGAAAUCUUAUUAUAUGAGAAAAAUGAAAUGGGUGAGUUAAUGGAAGAGACUGCUGAAGAUAAUGAUAAGUCUAACAGCGGUAAUGAAGAGGAAGGAGCUGUUGAUGAUAUCGAGCAUAGCCCUAAAGGUUCUUUUGGAGCAGGUGGGGUUGAGACCUCUUCAUCUUCCCCAACUGUUAACCUAGGCGAUCCGAAACAAGGUAACACUAAUGUCUCACCCAAGGCUGAAGGUGGAAAGGAAGAUUUGCCAGGUGGGUCUGUCUCGCCGAAGCCUGAAGGUGGAAAAGAGGAUUUGCCAGGUGUAUCUGGGAAUAGCUCGGCUAGAAUCAUUAACAUGAAUGAGAGAGCUAGAAGUGGGGCUGUGCUUAGACAGGCUGGAGUGGUAAGACAGGCUGGAGCCGCGUCUUCUCCUGUGACUAGAGGUCGGGGCAGAGCAGUGCUUAGUGCUGGCAGGACCUUAUCUACUGUUCGUGGUCGUGGCGUGCGUGCUCGAGGACGAGGUGGACGUGGCAAUGUGCAAGCACAGGAGGACAAAGAACAAAGCUGAGCUCAGUGUCACUUCGCUUUUACAUUUUGAUUUUCCUUCUCUUAGGUCAUGCCAGAGUUGUCUAAUCCAGCAUCCUGUCCAAGUUAGUCAGGUCUGUCAGGCAUUCAUCCAAUACAGUUAAGUGAUUGGGUAUCGGUUGUUUAAAUACUGUUACUAAGAAAACAAAACGGAAUCAGCAUGUAUGUAAUAUAUUCUUGGCAACAAUAAUAAGGUUUAUGUUGUCAGUAACUAGACACAAGAGAAACUAAAAAUAGGUUUGCUCAACUACAAAAGCAAACCAUCUGAUGAUGUAUAUAAAACAAAAGCUUCUUCUUU